UACCAUAAAAUAUUCCAUUUCAUUUAACAAAAAUGGAAAUCACUUUAAUUUUCGCAAUUGUUAUUUGCAUCCUAACAAUAUUUCUGUUUAACAAAGUAUCGAAAUAUAUUUCGCACCCGUGCCAAAUAAUCCCCCUUUUUAAACUAAUAUUCAACCAGUCUAAACUCAAAGUUCGACAUGUCAGUGCGGAGUGGGAGUGGUGUUUCGACAAGUUGAGGAAAACGAGUAGGAGUUUUUAUUUUCUGAUUUUGGGCAUUCAUCCAGAUUUUAUGAGACCGGUUGCAGCCUUCUAUUUGAUAGCGAGGGCACUGGAUUCAAUUGAGGAUGACAUGAAAGUACCAUCAAAAGAAAAGGAAAAACCUUUGUGUGAAUUUUAUACUCAUUUAGCAGAUGAAAAUUGGACUUUGUCCGGAUUUGGCUCAAAUCUUACCGAGAUUCAACUCCUCCAAAAGUUUGGAAACCUGGCAAAAUGCUACAAUUCCUUACAUCCUUCCGAGCAACUUAUCAUAAAGGAUGCCAUAAAAGAAAUGGGGUUCGGAAUGAACAAGUUUCUCGACACGGAUAUAAUUAGUCUUGCUCAAUAUGAUGAAUAUUGCUACCACGUCGCCGGGCUUGUGGGCAUUAAUUGCGUCGAAUUGUCCAUUGUUGGCAACAUUUGUGCUCCGUUUGGCAUCCCGGAAAAGACGCAACGGUCCCUCUGCGUCUCGGCGGGACGCCUGUUGCAAAAAGUGAACAUAAUUCGAGAUAUAAGGGAAGAUCUCCUGCAAAUCCCGCAGCCCAGAAUAUUCUGGCCGAAAGAAGUUUGGGGUAAGUAUGCCGAAAAACUGGACGACUUUCUACUCCCCGCCAACAGACAAAGCGCAGUUAAUUGUUGUAAUGAAUUGGUACUUAAUGCAAUUCCUCAUGCACUUGAUAGUCUUUCCUUGUAUCCGAAUGUGUCUGAUUUAAGUUGCCAAAAAAUGGCGGGUGUGGCUUUUAUCAUGGGAACUGCGACGUUAGAGUUGUGUUACAACAAUGAAAAAGUGUUUACCUCCGCGGUGAAAUUGAGGAAGGGUGAAGCUGCCUGGAUUUACGAUAAUUGCUCCGACUUUGUUUCUGUUCUUGAGUUGGCGAGAUAUUAUUUUUGUAAGCUAAAGGUUAAAAUUGAGGGUAACGAAGGGUUGAAGAUUGCUUUGUUGGAUAAGUGUAUUAAGAAAUGUGAUGAACUGAUAAGCGAAUAUUGAAAUGUAUUAUUCAAUUAAAUUGUGAAUUAGUAAUUUACAGUUUGAAAUAACUCAUAAUUUUCUAUCCUUCUAAAUUUAAGACUAACCUAAUCUCUUCUACUUAUCGAUAUAAUUCAGAUUUCGAAUGUAAAUCGUUUGAAAAAUUAAAAUUAAAAGUGUUCAAAGAUUUUAGGUUAUGUUGCAAUGUUUGGUUUCUACAUGGACUUGUGUAUGUAGCUUCAAAAACAUAAAUAUGUGUGCUAAAAAACUAAGCAAUUUUCUGGUACUUUUCCAUUAAUUCAAUAAAACUAUGCACUGCUACAAA